AUGGAGGGACUCCUCAACGAGCUGGCUACCGGCGUUGCGGCAAGUUCGAGAAGGAAAGAGGCCAAGCGGUCCACACCCACGCCAACGACGAGUGAGACCUCCAGGCUGGAUCUACGGGAGACGACGCACCAGGAGGCUGAGCACCCAAGCUCUUCUUUCCAGACUGGAAGUGACAGUGCCUCCUCCAAUGCUCCUGUUGGGGGGGUGCACUGCCCUGCCUCCGGUAAGGUUAGUGGUCUCCACACCUCACCUGCGAGCACUUCAACAUGCGGGUUGACACUCACUACCAUCCAGAAGAUCGAAGAACCUCCACUUGAUCAUGAUUCUCCGGAUACAGGGCCGAUGAAGGCUCCAGCUGCCUCGAGCCGAUGUUCCGAUGAGCAGGAGACCAGACAACGGUCAUCUGCUGCUAGGAGAUCCAGCACCAGAGAGCCACGGCCCGAGGAAAGAACACGAUCGUCUGCAGCCCGGAGGGCCAGUACCAUUGAGCCACGGCCCCAUCUACUCCUGGUACAAGCGCCACUAGAGGUGAGAGAAGUCAAGCACCGUCUACUUAGGGAAGCGAAAUCGGCAGUGCUCAGGCUGAUUCCGCAUGGAGACGACCUUCAUACUUUCCUCAACGGCUACUUCAGGCGGCACCAUGCAACGUACCACGCCAACCCGGUGAACAUGCCCUCGUGUGGGAACUGGAUAUGGUCGCUUACUGCAGCAUUGAUGACAAGGCCGGAAUACCACCCCAACGUCUGGAGGCGUAGCCACGCGGGAAAACUGGGCGACGCGGUAGAGGGAUAUCUGUACACGUUAAACCAGAGCCAGACGGCGGGGAACCUUGCCCUGCUGGCCACCUAUGGGGAGGCUGCAAAGUACCUCCACGACCUGAUGCAAGGAAUCCCGCACGCCAUCUACUACCGCCUGAGCUGGAGGCAGUCACUUGACUCGCUCGCGGAGCUUCUCGAACCAUGGAUAGGAGCAGCGUCUACACAGGACAUGCGGUCCUCGCACCCCGUCUUGACACUGGCGAUACUCGACCGCAACGAAUCCACAGCCGUGACAGUUGAGGCGGAAAACACAGGGCUGGACAAGCAGCAGACAAUGAACAGGAGGGAGGAGAGACAUGGACCUCAUGGAAAAGAUGGGAGUGGAGAAACACUCCCCAUCGACCACAUAGAGGGGGCAAGCCCUUCUAACUCUGGUGAAGCUGGUGGUCUCCACACUUCACCCGUGGUCGGCCUGGUACCUGAGCCAAUGCUCACAACCCUCAAAAAGCAGGCGGAGCCUCCACUUACUCUUGAUCUCCUCGUUGCACCGCAGACACAGAUGCCAGCUGCUUCGAGCCAGGGCCUUGGCGAGCAAGAGGCCAAUCCGCGAUCGACUGCAGCUAGGAGGUCCAAUACCAAUGAACCACGACCAGAGGCAAGACAACGAUCGUCUGCUGCACGGAGGGCUAGUACAGUGGAACCACGGCCCCAUCUACUCCUAGCACAAGCACCAGAGGAGGUACGACACGCUAAGCAGCGCCUACUUCAGGAAGCGAAAUCUGCAGUGGUCAAGCUCAUUCCGCAUGGAGACGAUCUCCACAACUUCCUCCACGGCUACUUCAGGCAGCAUCAUGCGACGUAUCACACCAGCCCGAUGAACAUGCCCGCCUGCGGAAACUGGAUUUGGUCGCUCACAGCGGCUUUGAUGACAAGGCCGGAGAGCCACCCCAAUGUCUGGACACGCAGGCAGGCGGGCAAGCUGGGUGACGCGGUUGAGGGCUAUCUCUACACGUUGUACCAGAAACAGACGGUGGAGAGUCUUGCCCUGCUGGCCAUCUACGGGGAGGCAGCGAGGCACCUCCACGACCUAAUGCAAGGAAUCCCACAUGCUAUUUACUACCGCCUAAGCUGGCGGCAGUCGCUCGACACGCUCGAAGAGCUCCUCGAGCCGUGGAUAGGAGUGUCAGAUGCACAGGACAAGCGGUCUCCGCGUCCUGCAGUGCCACUGUCAAUUCUCGACAGCAAAAAAGGGCCAUGCAAUCAGCUUGCGACACAAACUGCUGCCUGUACACAUGUCACAUCAAAUGUCGCAAAUGGCGACUACGACCGACCGUCAGACGCAGACACCUACGAGGCAGGAGGCGCAACACAUUAG